AUGGAGGGUAUCGAUUCCGGUCGGAGGAUUCCGUCGGCAAAGCGGUGGCGCAAGCUGUUCCUGCUGCUCACAAGAGGCUCGAACCGCCUCCUGCUGGCCAGUUCGCUCUCUCGACCUCUGUGGAGUUUACGUGGAGUGCAUCAAACUUUUUCUAAACUGUUGAAUGUUUUUAAAGUUCUCUACCGAGGAGCCGUCUAUGUAAAUCUGCACCAGGCAUCGGUGGAGGUACAGCAACUGGUUUCCUUUCCUGUAAGUCGCCCAGCAGUGGCCCAGCGGAACAAGUCCUUCAACGCUUUUGCAUAUUGUGCCACUAAACAGGGAACCUCAACUCCGGUCCAACCUACAAUCCGGGGAUGAUACACCUCUGAGGCCGUCGUCGUGAAUUGGAUUCGUCCUUGGAGAAGAGGGACUUGCUAAAUCGUAGAAAAGAAGCCGCUAAG